AUGGAAGAGUCUGAUUUAUUGGAGAAAGAUCUGAUCGACCGCGAUAAAUUUCGGGGCGGCGAUCGACCUCCAGAGGCUGUUGAUUCUGGAAAAGAUGCCGCGAACGGAAUAGCAACGAAUAACGAAGACAUUGCUAUGGCGGACGCUGACGGCGAAGGCCUUCUCGAGAACGGUGUUGCGGACGCGACCGACGCGGAGCCGGUCGCUGGACCGACGACUGCGGAGGGAGGAAAAGACGAGGAAAUGCGAGACGCGGAAGCGGUGACAGGCGACGGCGACGCGAGCGACGGUCGCGCGAAUGACGUCGAGCGCGUCGACGCGGCCGCUGCGCCUGACGCAGCUGCUGCGACGCCCGCAGGUGCGGACGAAAAUGCGGGUGUCGACGCGGCGGGUGUUGAGGCUGGUGGAAAUAAGCAAGCUGAUGGCGUGGCUAACGGAGUUGACGGCGAGGGGGGAACGGAGGGCGCGGAGGAGCAAGAAGGGAAGAGUGGCGAGGCGAAGGAGCAGCGGGCUGAUGAGACGCGCGACGACGGUGGGUUGGAGGAAAAAGCGGUGAAGGCGGAAGAGAAAGCGGAAGCGAAACCGGAGGACCAAGCGGAAGAGAAAGCGGGAGAAAAAAUGGAGGAGGAAUCGGGGGAGGGGGCGGAAGGGAAAGCGGAGGGGAAAGCGGAGGAGGAAGCGGAGGAGGAAGCGGGGGAGAAAGCGGGGGAAAAAGCGGAGGCGGAAGAGAAAGAGGAGGGGAAAGCGGACGAGAGAACGGAAGAGAAGAUAGAAGAGAAAGCAGAAGAGGAAGCGAAAGCGGGAGGAGAGGCGGAAGGGGGUGCGGCGGAAGGAGUGGAGGCGGAAGGGAUGGAAGCGGCAGGCGGAGAAGUGGCAGCAGAAGGGGGAACGGCGUCCGCGACUGAUGCGGGUGAGAAGGCCCGCGACGAGGCGGAGAAGGGGAGCGCGGAGGAGGAGGAAGAGGGGAAGGACGACGAGGAGGGGACUGAGGGGACCGAAGCGAAGGAGGGGGAGGCGGAGAAGGAAGAGGAGGAAGUGGAGGGGGAGGGGGAAAAGGAAGAGGAGGGGGAGGCGGAGAAGGAAGAGAAGGGAAAAGAGGGGAAAGCGGGGAAGGACGCGAAGGAGGGGAAGGGCGAAAAGGAAGAGGACGAGGAAAAGGGGCCGAAAGAGGGGAAGAAGAGCAAGGGGGGAAAGGAGGAGGUGCGGCGGAAGCAGCGGGAGGACAGGCCCGGGCAGGGCGCGGACGGCAGCGACCAGCGCAAGGCAGCAAAGAGCGCGUCCCCCCAUCUCCGCCCCCACGGCACGCCCGCCAAGGCCUCCGCCAAAGCCCCCCCUUCUCCCGCCACCCCCGCGGCUGGCAGGGCGCGCGCGGGGGAGGAGGAGAGCGGGGGGAGCGAGGACGAGGGGGAGUGGGCGCCAGUGGUGCACGAGCUGGUGUGGGCCAAGGUGCGCUCGCACCCCUGGUGGCCUGCGCGCGUUCUCUCCCCCUCCGAGGCCACCCCGCGCGCGCGCGCGCAGCACCGCUCGGGGCACCUGCUCAUCGGCUUCUACGGCGACCAGACCUUCAACUGGUUGCGCCCCAUGGAUCUGCUGCCAUUCGCGGAGCACUACUGGGACAAGUCGCAGCAGACGCCCAUGAAGCUCUUCUGCCAGGCCGUGGCGGAGGCCCUCGUGGAGCUGGACGACCAGGUCGCCAAGGGGCUGCUGCACGGCGCCCCGCCCUCCACCCUUGCUGCACAGCACCGCCGCGUCAACCCCACCGUCAUGCUAUCCUACCUGCGAGCCACGGCCCGCAAUCCCAUCGGCGGGCACCGCGACGCACUGCUGGCGGCAGUGCUGCGGCAGCGGUUCAUGGAAGGGGGCGGGGAGAAGGCGCAGGUGGGGCGCGGGGAGCAGGGCGCGCGCAGGCCCGACCUGGGGGAGCUGUUUCUGGUGGAGGGGCGGCUGGUGGUGCCCGAUGGGGAGGGGGGCGCGGGCGCUGGGGCGAAGGGGAAGAAGAAGGGCGGAGAGAAAGGGGGGAAGCGGAGGGCUCAUGUGGAGGAGGAAGAGGAGGAGGAGAAAGAGGAGGAGCACGAGGAGGAGAAGGUAGAGGAAGAGGAGGAGGAAGAGGAGGUGGUGGUGGUGAAAGAGAAGAAGAAGCGAGGGCGGAAGUGGGAGGAGGAUGAUGAGGAAGUUGAAAUGGGUGAGGAGGAAGAGGAGGAGGACGAGGAAGAGGGGAGGAGGAAGAAGGGGCGAAAGGGCAAGCAGAGGGAGGAGGGCGGAAAGAGGCGUGGGAGGAAGAGAAAGCACGAGGAGGACGAGGAGGAAGAGGAGCAAGAGGAGGAGGAGAAGGAGGAGGAGCAAGAGGAGGAGGCGGGGGAGGAAGAGGGUCUGAAGCGGAGGAAGAAGAAGAUGAGAAGGCGCAAGUCGGAGGGGGGAGCUGGCGAGGAGAGGGAGGGGGAGGAGGGGAAGCGGCGGAGGAGGAAGAAGCGCGUGGUGGACGAGGAGGGCGCGGAGGGGGCUGCAGGGGAGGAGGGAGCCGCGGACGAGGGAGCAGGGGGGGAGGAGGAGAGGGUGGGGGCAGGAGUGGCGGCAGGGAAGAAAGAGGGGGAGGGAGAGGCGAAGGAGGGGGCGGAAGGGGCGGAGGAGCAGGGGAAUGAGGGCAAGUCCCCGGUGCACUCGCCGCUGCGCUCACCCGUGCAGUCGCCUGGGGGGGCGGGGGCGGGUGGUGGGGCAGGGGGGCGUGGCAAGGGGCGGCCGAGCAAUGCGCACAAGUGGGCGGUGGAGAUGCAGCGGCUGGGCAUCAAGGCCGCCGCUGAAACCGCACGUGACGACCUGCUGCGCCUUGCUAGGAGCCCCCUGGACCUGGCGGAUCUGAGCGAGACACUGAAGCCCGUGGCAGCAUGGCGCCAGCACACCUUCUGGUUCGCCCGCUCGCACAAACCAGCACCGGCUGCAGCUGCUGCUGCUGCCAGCAAGGGUCCGUGUUUCCUUUCUCCUCUACCCCCUUCCUCUUUCGUUGGUCGCUCGCUCCCUCCACCCACCACCCCGUUGCUCAUGACUGUGCGCUCCUCUCCUUACCUUGCGGUCAAUGCUGUGCUUCUGUUCUGCGCGCCCUCUGUCCGCCCGGCAGGCGAGGCAAAGAAGGCCCCGGCAGGCAAGGCAGGCCCGGAGGCGGCGGGUGAAAAGAGUGCAGCGGUGGAAGAGGCGCAGAGAGAGGUGGGCGCGGAGGGAGGCGCGAGGGUGGAGGCAGAAGGGAAGGCUGCGGAGGAGAAGACGCCUGGCGAGGGUGCUGUGGGUGGCGCUGGGGGCGAGGAGGAGGAGAAGGGGAAGGAGGAGGAGAAGGGGAAGGAGGAGGAAAAGGCGAAGGAAGAGGUGGCUGGUGGUGAAGGUGCUGCUCCGAUGGUGGAGGGAGGGCAGGCGGAGGCAGGCAAAGAGAAGCAGAAGGAUGCGGGUGAGGAGGAGGAGAAGGUUGGAAAGGAAGGGGUAAGUGGGGAGAAGGAGCGUGAGGGUGAAGGGGCGAAGGAGGAGGAGAUGAGUGAGAGGGAGAAGAAGCAAGGCGAGCAGGUGAGGGAGAAGGGGGUGGAGGAGAAGGAAAAGGAGGAGGAGGGAGAGGGAGUGAUAACAGGCGAGGUGGAGGAGGAGGACAGGUGGGAGGAGGAGGCGGAGGAGGAAGAGCCGGUGCCGCGCCCACCCCCACCAGCGGCACCACCACGCAAGGCAGCUGCAGCAGCAGGGGCAGCAGGGGAGGAGGGGGCGGGAGGGGCGGUGCGGCCUCGGGGGCGCACCAAGGCGGAGGUGAAGGCGCGGCGGCAGCAGCGGCUGGUGGACGCCCGCCCUGGCAGUGAGAGCGAGGGGGGCGAGGGCGACGAGGACGAGGACGGGCGCAGCGAUGAGGAGAGGCCUGUGGCAGCGCGGGGCAGGGGGCGUGGCCGUGGGCGCGGGCGGGGGUCGAGAGGAGGGAGGGGCGGGCGGGGCAGAGGAGAGGCAGGAGGGGAGGCAGGGGGGAGAGAGGGGUUGAGUUCAACUGGGAGGGGGAGGGGGAGGGGAAGGGGGAGAGGCAGGGGCAGGGGCAGGGGGCGAGGAGGCGAGGGAGGAGGGGCGGAGGGCGGAGUGGCGGAGGGGGGUGAGUGGGAGGAGGGAAGGCAGCGUGAUGUGGGGGAGGCGGGGCAGGAGAGGGCGUUGCGGCAGCGCAAGGUGGGGGUGCCGGCGCGUGUGGAGGGGGACGCUCUGAGCCCAGAGGGCCGGCGGCGGUCGCUGCAGCAGCUGGCCGCUGCUAAGAGGGAGGCACGCGGCGGGGCAGGCGCUGAUGAAUCGCCCCCCCAUGCGCUUGCGCUGACAACACAAGAUGCCACGUCAGUCCCACCAGGAUGGCAGCAGCCCCACUCCCAUGCCCAGCAGCAGCAGGGGCAGGGUCAGCUGGGUUGGCAACAGGGCUGGCAACAGGGCGGGCAGCAGAGCGGGCAGUUGCAGCAGCAGCAGCAGGGGGGCGGGCAACAGGGGCAGGGGCAGGGGGGCGGGGGCCAGCAGGUGCUGUGCAUGCGGUUCCCGAAGCUCAUGCCGGCGCCCUCAGUGGCGCAGCUGCGCGCCACCUUCGCGCGCUUCGGAGCGCUGCUGGGCGCCAAGCUCAUCAAAUACCAGGGCGUCGCUGAGGUGGUAUUCGAGGACCCGUCGUCAGCGACAACAGCGAUGCACGAGGCCAUGCACGGCUCCUCGCUCUUCGGCUCCUGGGACGUGCAGUUCCGCCUGCGCCCCUACACCGCCUCCAUUGACUCUGCAGUCCCCAUCAGGCCCACAUAUCCCUCCGCCCACACCCCCCCACCCUCCGCCCACGGCCCCCCUCCCUCCGCCCGCACCCCCCCUGCGCGCCUUCCCCCCGCGGCCUCCCCCGCCCCCACUCCCCCGCGCGCCCUCGCCCCUCCCCCGGCCGGUGCUGCCCUCGUGCCCGCCGCCGCUGCUGGCCGCCUCACACCCUCACAGCGCCACAGCCUGCAACUAAUUCAUUCCACCCUCUGCUUCCCACCUCCACCUCUGCCUCGCCCCUCUCUGCACUUCUCCUCUCCUCCUUAUCUUCUCCCCACUCGCAUCUUUCCCCCCGCCCUCUCCGUCCCCUCCCCCCAGGCGAAUCCAGCGCAGGCGGCGCAGAGGCCGGGCAGUGCGGCCUGGAUGGGCACGCCCACCACGCUGGGCCCGUCCACGCGCUCGCUGCUGCCGCGCUCCGCCCUCGCGCUCUCCAAGGACCCCCGCCGACAGUCCCAUGCCCCCGCCGCCGCCGCCACUUCUCCUGGCGCUGCUGCUGGCGGGGGGGGUAUGGCGGGACAGCAAGGCAGGGAGGGGUUGCCUCCUGGGUUUGCAGCAGGGGCAGGGGGAGGGGGGGAUGGAGGAGGAGGGGAUGGGGGAGCAGGAGGUGGCGAUUGGUGGGACGCACAGGACGCCCUCCCCACACCCCCUGUGGAGCCAUCUGCACCCCCUCCCGCUCACACCCCUGCUGCACCACCCUCCCUCCCUUCUACCCCUGCCCCGCUGCCCACCGCCUUCUCUGCCCCUGCUGCUGCCACUGACGGCGCUGCUGCUGCCAUGGUUGCUGCUGGAGGAGCCGGGGCUGGGGAAGGGAGUGGUGGGGUGGGAGGGGCGGGGGCGGUGCCGGACAUAAAGCAGAGCAUGUUCAGCCUGCUGAGCAAGGUGCAGGCCAUCGUGUCGCAGCCCGAGGGGGAGGGGCGUGCAGCACAGGGGGCUGACAGCACCGCGUGA